AUGUAUGAUCUUGUGGUCUACGGCUCGACUUCCGGAGCUGUCGCAACUGCUAUCCAAUCUUCGCGACUAGGAAGCGCCACGCUAGGAGGGCUGAACCUCGAGCUUCACCAGAGAAUUAGCCGACAAUAUGGACGCUUAGAGAGGUUGAAUGAAGUCGUUGAGAAGAAGCUCAAAGAUCCUGACGUGUGGAGAUUUGAGGCAAGGGUUGCUGAACAGGUUUUCGUUGAAGCGACCUACGAAGGGGACCUCUUGGCUGCCUGCUCUAUCUCUUGGACUCGUGGUCGCGAGUCCUCUGCAACAUACUCUGAAUCCUUAGCUGGAGUCCGUGCAGAGACGCUGUACCGUCAAAUUGACGUCGACGUCGACCCGUAUACCACACCGAAUGAUCCCUCCAGUGCUCUCCUUUUUGGAAUCUCCCCCGAGCCGUUUGGAACACCUGGCGAUGGGGACUUACAUCUACAAUCGUACUCCUAUAGGAUACCUUUGACAGAUGACCCUGGGAACUUGGUGCCGUUCACAAAGCCCGAUGGGUACGACUCUGCAAGGCUUGAGCUACAUAGGAGGUUUGCAAAAGCGGGAGGCCAGUUUUACCCGCCAAGGAAAAGGUUGCCUGGUAGAAAGACGGAUUUGAUUGGGAGUGAAGGAGCAUUAUCGACGGAUUUGGUGGGGAUGAACGAUGAGUGGCCUGUUGCGGGGUAUAAAGGGCGGGACAGGAUCCUGGAAGACACGAAAAGGUUUACGAAGGGCUUCCUUUGGUUCUUGGCCACGGACGAGGUCGUGCCGGAAUCCAUCCGCAAGGAAUGGUCUCGAUUUGGGUACUGUCGCGAUGAGUUCCCAGACAACGGACACUUUCCUCGAGAACUCUACGUCCGCGACGCGCGGCGGAUGAUAUCAGACUACAUCGUCACGCAAGAAACGGCCUCGCAGAACGGCGAAGCUGAGGUUUCAGAUCCAGUGGCUGUGGCACACUGGCCGACGGACACACACAGCGUGCGGCGGAUCAUGCGGGAUGGGCGCGUGCACAAUGAGGGCUUUAUUUUCAAAGACGGUCAUCACUGGCGACCGUUCGGUAUCGCGUACCGCGCUUUGCUGCCUAGGCGGGAGGAGGCCAGCAAUUUUGUCAGUGUGACGUGUCCUAGCUCGUCGCACGUUGGAUAUGGUGAGUACUGGUCUUUGGCGAAUUAG